AUGUCGUCACCGAGCAAAGCUAUCAUAGGAGAUAUGGCAUCAACGAAGAUCAGAAGAGAAGAGAACGUAACGCUUUCUUAUCUGUUACUCACAAAGAGUAACUACUCGGUGUGGGCGUUGAAGAUGCGUGUGAACCUACAAGCUCAAGGAGUGUGGGAAGCCGUGGAGCAAGACGAGGUCGAAGAGUGUAAGGAUAGAAUGACUCUCGCUGCCAUCUAUCAAGCGCUACCGGAGGACGUUCUUCUCAUAGUGGCAGAGAAGGAUUCCGCCAAGCUAGCAUGGGAGACACUAAAGACGAUGCACGUUGGCGUGGAGCGAGUCAAGGAGGCGAAAGUUAAUCCGCAUGAAGGACGGAGAGACGGCAUCCGCUCGUUGGGAGAGAAGAUGGAGGAGAUCUCCGUCGUCAAGAAGUUCCUUCGAGCCGUACCACAAAAAUACAUGCAGAUCGUCACCGCGAUCGAGCAAUUCGGUGACCUCAAAAACAUGACCGUCGAGGAGGUCGUCGGUCGUCUCAAAGUCCACAAAGAGAGUGGCGGCAACGGUGGAGAUAACCGAGGUCGUGGUAAAGGGCAGGGACGAGGGCAAGGUCGAGGUGGAGAAAGCUCACCUCGACAAGAAGACAUCAAACCCCGCAAAGACAAGAGCACAGUGAAGUGUUACAAUUGUCAAAAGUUCGGACACUACGCGUUCGAAUGUCGUAGCAAGAAGCCCGAAGAGGAAGCGAACCUUACUAGCCUCCAUGACGAGGGGCCAGCGUUGAUGUUUGCCGAGGGAGUGGCGAAUCCCUUGCUAGAAGACGAGGAGAUAAAUCUCGAAGAGAUCACACAAGAAUCGUCCAAGGAGGAACCAGAGGGGGUGUUACUCAAUGAAGAAAAAGUCAAGGCGAAUCUCCUCGCAAGUGGCGAGGAGUAUAAUCACACCAACGUAUGGUAUCUUGACAAUGGAGCAAGCAACCACAUGACAGGCUUUCGAGAGAAGUUUAAUGAGCUCGACGAGAAGAUCACUGGAAAUGUGAAGUUCAGAGACGGCUCACUCAUCGAGAGCAAGGGCCGAGGAACCAUCCUGUUUAUGUGCAAAAACGGCGAUCAACGUCUAAUAACCGAGGUAUAUUACAUUCCGAAAUUAAAAAGUAAUAUCAUAAGUCUCGAUCAGAUGACAGAAGAAGGCAACACGAUCACCUUAGUCGGCUCAUUCUUGAAGAUGUUCGACCGAAAUGACGCCCUGUUGAUGAAUGUGGAAAAAUCGCCAAAUCGGUUGUACAAGGUUUCCCUCGAGACAAGCCAACCGCUUGUCUAUUAG